CAUUCCGGACUCUUGAGACCGACGCACCACCACACAUGCGCUUGUGAGUUUCAGCUGUCACCCGAAUAGCCUGACAUUCUGGAUGAAAUAAACGCGUUUGCGGAUCUUGAGUGGAUGUAACCGCUGACCACAGAAGAGCUCGUCUGUGUUUUAUUUAUUUUCCCAGUAUCUUCAACGUUGUGAAAGAGAGGGCUUUUAUUUUCUGCAGGAGUGUCCUUCACCUCGCCUUUCGUAAUGCGACUCACCCUGCAAGCGUUGAUUUCUCACGGCCGGGUGGCCCGUCGGAUGGGACUCGGACCUGAGUCCAGAAUCAACAUUCUUCGGAACAUACUCACAGGUCUGGUUCGACACGAGAGAAUAGAGACCACACGAGCCAAAGCCGACGAGGUCCGCUUCUAUGCUGAGAAGUUGAUUGAUUAUGCUAAAAAGGGAGAUACUAAUGAAAAGUCAAUGAAAAUGGCCGAUUUCUGGCUCACGGAAAAAGAUUUGAUCCCCAAACUUUUUAAAGUUCUGGCGGUAAGAUUUGAGAAUCAGACGGGUGAAUAUACACGCAUGGCCCGCAUUCCCAACAGACAGAAUCUGGACCGCUCAGCUAUGGCUGUCCUGGAGUAUAAAGGCAACCCUUUCCCGUCGCUAACCCCCAUGAAACGUGUCAGCGAACUGAACUUGUUAAACCAACUUCUGAAAGCAUACAGAGAGGAAAAGGCCCAAGUAAUGUCUGAGAAAAAGGACUUAUGAUGUUUAAACGCUGUAUUUCUACAUAUUUCAUGUAAUAAACCAGUAUACAUUUCAUUGAGAUGUCAUUCAGAUCUGCUCCGUGUGGCAUAUGGUUGAUGGUUGCUUAAUAUAUCCAUGACUUUUUAAAUUAUGUUCAAAAUUGAAUGAGAUUUUCUGUAAGUGGUCAGAAACAUGUUUUUCACCAUACUCACCAAUAUUUUUAUUUUGAAAAUAACAGAAUGAGGUUGUUAUAUGGCAUUCUGGACACAUUACAAACCUGUAUGUGUAUAGUAUUUUACAGCAUUUCUUGUCAGUUACAUAACUCCUUUUGAUUAAAAUGUAAUAACAGA